AUAUCUUCCUGUUUCUAGAAGGGUGGGGCGCAGGGUGGCUGUCCCCAGCUAAAGGAGACGCUCAUCGGCUAGUUCCUUAGCUGAACCCGUCAACCACCGCAUUUAAUGAAUGUAUCUACGUGAUAUUUGCACAUUUGCGCAUCCACUCUUCAGUUUGACCCCUUUUAUUUUUUUGCAAUUGCACAACAACAACUGCAGCCCGACAACAUGUCAGAGGCUUCGGUUGCUGACACUCGCCGGCUAAAUUCCAAGCCCCAGGAGCUCACGGACGCAUAUGGUCCACCCAGCAAUUUUCUGGAAAUAGACGUUUAUGAUCCACAGAUCGUCGGAGUCGGGCGGCAUCGGUACACAACCUAUACAGUUCGGACGCGGACCAACCUUCCCAUUUUCAAACUUAAGGAUUCUUGUGUAACCAGACGAUACAGUGACUUUGAGUGGUUAAAGAAUGAGCUGGAGCGAGAUAGCAAGAUUGUAGUAUCACAUCUCCCGGGUAAAGCCCUGAAGAGACAGUUGCCGUUCCGCAACGACGAAGGGCUUUUUGAGGAGUCGUUCAUUGAGGAGCGGCGAGUGGGUUUGGAGCAAUUCAUCAACAGAAUUGCAGGUCACCCUUUGGCCCAGAAUGAGCGCUGUCUGCACAUGUUCUUGCAAGAGGCCGAGAUUGACCGGAACUACAUUCCCGGAAAAGUAUGAGUGAAGUAAGUUUACUUUAUUUACAAUUCUCAAUUCAGUUGCAUGAGCUUUUUUUAACUAUUGCUAAGGAGCAUAAUUGUACAUCCCUCAUUAACGGAAAACUCUCCUAACCAAGUUUGUCAAAAUUAACUGCACUAAUAUAAGCAGGUGCAUGCUAAACCUGCAUGCUUCGAUUAUUUUUGUGUUGCAAUCAUGCUGAUGAAUAAUUUCUGUUGUGGUUGGCUAAAUGCUGCAUUUUCAUAUUAAUGAGUAAAGCCUUCAUUUUCUUGUCUGUACCGUGGACAAGAAAAUGACUGUUUUGACUUUUUUGUGAUGCCACGACACUAAGCUACCCGUGAGGGACCAUGUAAUCUCACAUUUUAGUAUAAUACGAGCCAUACAAGUAAUAAUUUCACCAAGCAGAUCAAAGACAAAAAUAUUAUGACAAAAAUUCAGUAAGUCAACCUCACCUGCUUGGAAGUCAGUCAGCACAUUGGAAGGGUCAACAUUCCCUCUUAUUCACAACUAAGUUUUCGCCAUCUUCUGGGAAUUUGCGCAAUCCUUUCCUUCUGAUGUGUCCACUUUGGCCAGCUGGGGGCAGUAUGAGAGAGACGUAUACUGUUAAGUGAGAUGUCUCAACUCCUCUCAGCUCAUCAAUACAGCACUAAUAUCAGCAAUUCCACACAGAGGAUAAAGAAUACACGACUGCACCUUUGUUCUCUUUUAAACACUUAUUUCCGGACAGUACAAACAAUGUUCUCUUUAUAUUUGGCCACUUGACCCGCAGUGUCAACCCAGACGAAAGCACUUCUCGUGUUUGACUUUGUGGUUUGUUUUGUUUUCUCUCUCCACUAUCC